AACCUCAAAACCUCUUCUGCAUCUUCUCAACGAAGGAUUUCCUUUGUUUUUAAAUGUAUUCUUUGAUCUUAAGAGUAUUUUUUUGUAACUAGAGAUGUUUUAAUGUUGUCUUUUGUUUCGUGGCAGGAUGUUUUAUUUGUUACUUUCAUUGAUUGUGUUUUGUCUUUUCUGUCUUUUAAGUUAUAUUUUAUAAACGGUCGGGAGUUUUGAUUAUUAAGUUUAAAACACAAUGCGCAGCUGAGAUAUUUUGAGACUGGACCAUCUUGCUUCAUCACCUCUUGUUCUCUUCUAUCACCUGUACAGAUUCUAGAAGAGACUCACCCCAGUGUUCACGGCUCACCAUUCGUGGCUCACGAUCCCGACACCGUAGGAACAUUCCCAGUGCCUCCCAAUCCUGCUGGUAAGGUUUCAACUUCCCUAUUUUUGAUUAGCUUUUUUGAACAGUUCGCAGCACCAAUGCGACGUUUUACACAAGUCCAUUGCGGUCAAACCUCACUUAACUCUCAUCUCAUCUCAUUCAUGAUUGAAUGAACUCAUCAGGAGCGGGAGUGUUACUUGUGGGAUUCUAAUUUCUACCUAUUACUUUCUACAGCAGGUGUGGUUUUGGCGGAAGCUCCGACUCCUGCAGAGCAUGGAUCCAGCCACGGUCAGACAUCCGUCAGUGGGUACCUCCCUCCUCAUGUUGAUCCCCAGCAUCACUCCUCCCCUGAUAUCCACACCCAUCAUCCCAACACCCCGUCCACCAUCUUUACACCUGGAGGGUCCUGGAGAUAUCCCUACCUCAGUGGAUCUGGUCUGUCUACAGUUACACAGGGCGAGUCCCAUUUGGAAUGUUUGUCCGUUAAUGAGGUAAUGGAUCUGGACUCAGAGAGCUUUUCUUAAACAUAAUUAAACAGUGGUUAGGAUUUGUCUUUACUGAGACUGUUACUUGGUAACAAAGUUGUUGAUAGCCGGUUGAACUUAAAGUCCUUCGCUGUUCUGCAAGAGUUUUCCUCGUGACGAAGGCUUUAAGGAGACUUAACAAACAGUAUUCAUCUUCAUUGAGGAUGUAUUAGUGAUGACUCGCCUAUUUUCAGACAGGAUGAACAUAAGUUUAGAAUUCAAGGUUUGUUGAAGUGAAACUGGUCACUUCAUUUAAAAUGGAAGUUGUAAGCAAACACGAAGCCUGAAACACGAGAUCCGCCUAAAAACCAAAUUGGUCUUACCAGGAUUCACCGUUCAAAGCUAAUAGUUGCUAGCCUCAAUGACAUGGAAAAUAGAUUUUUUGGAACUAGUAUUUUACACUGGAAAGUGAAGUGCUGCGAUUAGUAAAGCCUACGCAGAAAGUUAAAUUACAUUUCAUUUACACUUAGUUGGAAUCACUUGCAGUUCAUUUCGAAUAUACGAUUCGGAUUAUUCAUGUGUGAAACUAAUGGAGUCAAAUAUGGCGAGGGAAUUGUCGGGACUGUGCAUGUAACGCAAUAGUAACCUGCGAAUACAGCUCUCUCUCCUUACUCUGCGCCGCAAGGGACGUAUCCCCAGGAGGGAUGUUUUGCGGCAAGGAGCGAGGCUCUUUGUUUGAAACCUGUUCAUGAUGACCAUGAUAACGUUCAGAGCAUGUGAGUGAAAGACUGAAUCUGCCAUCAUGUUCAAUACUGAACUCGUUCAUUUGAUACGCUUCGCGUAAUCACUGAUUAAAUUCGCCUUAGAUCUUCGUUUCUAUCGUGUUUAAAACUUUUAACUACUAAGGGUUGAUUUCCAGUGUCGCGUAAUUUUUACGUGCGAACGCAGAGGUUCAACUUUCACGUUUACGCGUGACCUUUCAUACAUUGCCUCUAUUUUAUUUACGCGCGUUCGCACGUAAAAAUUACGCGACAGUGGAAAUCCACCUUAAGGGAGAAAAACAUCGCCACCUUUCCAGACAAGCUUUUUCUAGUUAAGAGCUUAAAAUAACUGCAGUAAUCUAUCGUUUAAAUAGGUACAACAAAGCCUAAAUGAGUAGUUAAGCCAAAACACUGAAUUUGGUAUUUACUGUGGAGUUCCAGGAAUUGCUUCAGAUAUAUCUGAAUAUAUUCUGAGAAACGCAUCGCUUCGCGCGCGAAAACGUUACUUUUUGCACAGAACAGGAUUUCUCCGCUUAAAGUUUUUACAUCUCACUUUAACGACGGUUGAGUGUUUUAUAGGAUACAGUAUUUACUUUUCCCUGGCAACGAUAAAAAGAGUGUUUUCUUUCCAAAUCGAUUGGCUGCGACCAAAAGGGCCUCGAUUCGAGGGCCACGAUAUCGAGGCAAAUUCGGUGAUAUACGUGCUUACAUACAAACUUACAAACAUAUUCUCAAAAGAGGCCUGCCUCAGGCACAGUCAGUCACGUCCUCAGCCUGAAUUAGUGGGCUUUGCAGCAAUAAUCUUCUUGUGGUAUGACAAGCCAGAAGCGUAUUUUGCGAAGGAGGCUACAGAUACACAUAGAAAUGAGAAUUGUUGAAAAAAAUUGAUACGACACUUCACUGAGUUAUCCUAAAAUCGCUGUACACAAUAAUGAUUGAACCAAUCAACUGAAGAUCAACGUAGAUUUGACUUGGUUUGUGAUUUGUAAUAGCAUUUCCAAGGGAACCCCAAAUCUGAACAGGACUGGCAAUCAGAGCCUGAACUUAUUCCUGAUUCAUCAUCCGAAUCAGAGAUGGAACAACAGCAGGUGGGUUAUCAACUUUUACAAAACUAAAGAAAAUUAUUCCAUUCAAUUUCAUUCUGUUGAAGCGUAAAGUAUUGUUCUUCGGUGGCAUUUCAGAGGUUUUUCGAAUGCUUGCCAUUAGGCGCAACUCGGGGUACGGGAACUAAUAUCACUCAAUAAUUAACAAUUAUACUACCUCCUGGUAGACUUUCUUCGAAACUUUGGCCUAUUUCUCGGCACAGUUUAGGAUAUAAAACCGAUGUUUUUUUCCGUGCAGAUACUCCUCAAACAAUAGAUAACACCCAUCGAGCAAUAUGUUUUGCGUAUUCUUGGAUUUCCUACGUUCAGUUUUAGUCAGAAAUUCAGCUACUUCAUCUUUGAUAGCCGUGAACUCCAUUUUUUUUAGUCCACUAUUACCCAAGCAGACUUCCAGGCAAAUAUACCAUUGAUCAACCUCGUUGCCAAGCAGAAAUGCCAGGGAUUUUACUUUACAACAAACGUGAAAAACGCGUGCCAACCGUUCCACGUUGAAUGUCAAGUACUAGUUACAAGCGAAAUAAAUAUUUCUUUAAUUUAGUUAUUGUACAAUUGUGAAUGAACGUUGAACAACAAAGACGGCUCAAAAUUUAGCAAAAAACUACAAGAAAACAAUGAAAAUAAAAUCCACGGGAGUUGUUUCAUUGAUGUAAAUAACCUGCAAAAUGGAGAAAGUUUGUUUUAUAUGAUUUUUAUAUCAUAUAAAACAUCGACCCCCUCUACUAACUAUGCAGGGAUUUGUAAAUCCUGCUUUCUUGUGUAAAUAGUCUCUUUUUUUUACCUCCUGGGAGGUGGGAUUGUAGACUGAGUUGCGUGACUUGUUUCAGUUUGAACACCAGUCACCUGUUACCCAACGAGGUAAUGAAGAUGGAUAAACGAAUCCUUCCAAUGCCUGCAUUUUAUUUAAACGUUGCUUACAGAUUGAUCCUCAAUGAGGUAAACUUUGUUGAAAAUAGUGGGGAUCGACCUUAGUGAAAAUUUUCUGACGGAAAAUACUUUUAACAUUAUUGCUGUGGGAAGAGGAUUUUUAUUCAUUUUAAUCAAACAAGUAGCGUGAGAGUAGCCUGAACGAUAAAAUUCACCGAAAACGGUUGUGUUGAUUCUUGAAAUAUAUUUGCGUUUUAUUUGAAUUCAAAUAUACAGAAUUUUUUACUUCUCGCGGAUGUUAUUUGCUAAGAACACCACACUUCAAGUUCCUGGUAACGGAUUUUCAGUAGCAGGUCUAGGUCGCCCACAAUUUGGAAUUUAUUGAUUUCAAAGUUUUUUGUUUAUUGUGGUCAUAAUGAUAUCGAUUUUACUAAGAACUGCAUUUUGACAAACCGUUCGAUUCAUAGCCAAUCACUGGCGAAAAGUUUGUAGCGAUCAGACAAGGACAAAAUCACUUUUAAGACGAUCGGUAUGGUCUCCGAAAAACUGCAUCGAAACACCUUAAGCACAGAAUAAAAGGUAGACCAUUUUGUUUUAAAUUCCUUUUCACGGCCAGACGUACAUGAAAUUGUUAAUUGUCUACUCUAAUCUUGUCACGAACAAGGGAGACAAAUUCGUCAAAGGUGUGAGCUUUACUUUUAAGAGCAUUUUCAUAAAGGAAAUGCUUUCCUAUUAUGACCGAUCUAUCAGUGUUCACUGAUAAUCCUCAAUCCUAAUUUUAUUUAAUGUUUUGCGUGUGAUUUGCUGCAAAAGUUGAAACUUUCAUUGACUGCGCGUGCAGUUCUGUUUUUCCGUCCAUCUAGAAUAAUCAAGGAAAACCUUUCCUUGACCAUUGGACGUGUGAAUUGCAUUCAAAGUAACCGGCACUUUCAUUUUGCUCGUCAGUGUCGUGGGUCGUCAGUCUUUUGCUAUGUCUUAAAAAAGGAAAAAAAGAACUGUUCGUAAUAUGUAGGUAAUGAAGGAUAAAGGCAUGAAAACCUUAACACAUUAACUUCAAAACCUUACACUUCUCAAUGAACGAUUUCCUUUGAUUUAUAGAUGUAUACUUUGGUCUUCAAAUUAGUUUUUUUUGUAAUGAGUGGUGUUUUAAUGUUGUUUUGUGUUUUGUUGCAGGAUUUUUCAUCGGCUGAGCCAGACGAUGAGGAAGAGCGAGUGAGUUUGCUACUUUACGCACACUUUGUUUCCUUCAUUGACUGUAUUUUUUAGUCUCUUUUAAAACGAAUAGGAUUUUGUUUAUCACGUUUAAACCACAAUGCACAGCUGAGUGUUAUUGAGAGUUUCCAAUACUCGAUGGGUUGGGUUUUUUUAUUAUUUCCGAGAAAAAUGAAGCCAAAACCCCUCCGUGUUUUAUAUAUAGUAAGCGUGAUCAGUGUAGAGGCAUGUUUUGUGUUUCGCUUCUUGCUUCUCAUUUGUUCGCCUACACUUGAGAGAAGAGUCAAACUGUUAGAAGACUAGGGUUGCUGUCACAUUUCGACUGUUAUAAAAUUGGCGUUCAUUGACUUAUUUUUGUUAAUUGUCUCUCCUCGUGCACAUGAAAACUGAAAUCGUGGUCGUAAAAUAUCAUAACAAGUGAAUGAUGUUUAGUGAAAGUGUUUGAUUUGUGGCAGAAUGAGGAAGAAAUGAUCGAAUCUGAAGAUGAAAGAUGGUCUUCUGAACCAGAAGACAAUCAGGAGCAGGUGGGUCAUCAGAUUUUGUGUGGGUGAAUAAGGUAUUUUCUUUGAAAGGGAUUUUACUUUACAACAAACGUUAAAAACGCGUGCCAACCGUUCCAUGUUGAAUGUCAAGUACUAGUUACAAGCGAAAUAAAUAUUUCUUUAAUUUAGUUAUUGUACAAUUGUGAAUGAACGUUAAACAACAAAGACCGCUCAAAAUUUAGCAAAAAACUACGAGAAACAAUUAAAAUAAAAUCCACGGGAGUUGCAUCAUUGAUGUAAAUAACCUGCAAAAUGGAGAAGGUUUCUUUUAUGUGAUUUUUAUAUCAUAUAAAAGAUCGACCCCUUCUAUUAACUAUGCAGAGAUUUGUAAGUCCUGUUUCCUUGUAUAAAUAGUCUAUUUUUGUACUUCCUGGGAGGUGGGAUUGUAGUCUGAGUUGCAUGACUUUUUUCAGCUGGAACACCUGUGCCUCAAUGAGGCAAUAAAGGUGGAUAAACGAAACGUUCCAGGGGCUGCAUUUUAUUUAAACAGUGGUUACUGAUAGAUCCUCCUUGAGGUAAACUUUGUUAAAAUAAUGGGAAUCUUAGUGAAAACUUUCUGUCGAAAAAAGCUUUUACCAUUAUUGCUGUGUGAAGAGGCUUUUUAUUCAUUUUAAUCAAAUAAGUAGCGUGAGGCUAACCUGAAAAAUUAAAGUCACUGAAAACGGUAGCGUUGAUUCUUGUAACAAAUGAUGUGACCUGCAGUCAGUAUAAAUUUAUUAGUUAACCUGGUUCGGGGGACUCACGUUUUCUCACUUUGUGGUCUCGUUUUCACAACUUAAAGAAGUUGCUGUUCGCUCAACCAUCUCAUCAGCUCAUCGCCUCUUGUUCUCUUCUAUCAUCACACAGAUUGCGGCAAAGAUUCUCCUCAGUCUUCGCGACGCACCGUUUUUUGUUUACAAUCCAGAGACGCAAUAGGACCGUUUCCUUGGCCUCCUGAUCCUACUGGUAAGGUUCUAACUUCCCUGUUUUUGAUUGGCUCUUUUUAAGCGGUGCUCUAAGAACCAAUUGUACAACAUUUUACACUAGUCCAUUACGGUCAAAGUCGUCGGUACAGUUCAUGUGAGAGAGUGUCAGAGCGGGAGUGUUAUUAUUGGGCCGCCCGUAAGGAUAACGCCCAAUCAAGAAAUGAAUCACGUCUAUGUCAAAAAAGACAAAAUGGCGGACGGAGCACCCAGAACGCUUUUCGUUUCCCAUCCGCGCUUAAAUCCAGCCGAUUUUUGCGGGGAGGGGACGGGUCAUUUCAGGUCUUCUGGGGACAGAUUUAGAAGUCGGUUUGAAACGAACAGAAACUUAUUGCGUUGAGUUAUUGGCCCUAAGUCAACGCGGAUAAAUACAGUAUUCGAUGAUGUAGUUAGCCUGCUUGCCUCCCACGCAGACGUUCUUAGGGGUUUGUCACCCGUUCCUGCCCCACGAACAUCUGCUGAAUCGAGUGGUUAAAUUCCUUUCCCAUUGUUCGCAAAUAUGAGCUGGAGCUGGCGUGCAGAUUAUUGGAGAACCAAUCGGCGCUGUGAAAGUCCAAGUGUUGACAAGCCAAACGUAUACGUUUAAGCUCGGUAGGGUGUGAUACGUGAUCAAAGAGUUCAGCUCCGAACAAGAAUAUUUAAGAGAUAAGGGUUGACGUUUUCGUAUAUUUCUCUUUGUAAAGGCUGAACUAGAUGUCAUUUGCUCACAGAGGUGUUCUGUAGGUGAGGCAACGGUGGGGUUGUACGUUGUAACUGAACAAAAGGCAGAAUUUUUCUGCGCACUUUAUUGUUUUGUAGUAAAGCCGACUUCCGUUCAGCAAAUUAAACCUCGAAGGUAAUUUUUUCAAUGAGAUCGUGAGGGUAGUCUCUGGUACGAAGGCGUGUGAUUUAACUGAGUAGUUUGUCCUAAAAGUAUAAGGUCUUCACCUUUCGAGACCUUUCUGAUCUUUUCUGGAGCUUAGUCUCGCACGAAAAUUCUCAAGGUCCAAAGUGCGCUUCCCAGAUCUGGAAGUGUGCUCUGAUUGGACUACGUUUUUUACCGCUCGAUUCAGCAGACGUUUGUGGGACAGGAACGCGUGACGAACCACUAAGAAGGUCUGCGUGGGAGGCUAUUAGCCUGCAGGAGAGCUGCAGAAACAAGCGACCCUCCCACGGUCCCCACGGGAAAAGCUUCAACUUGUAGCAGACCUCCCCCCCCCCCGCGUGAGAAAAGUCUCUCCUUACAACAAGAAAGGAAUAUGCUAAUUGUAGAAACAUAUUCACUUGCCAUGGAUUGUUAGGUGGCGAAGGGCUUUAAAUGAAAUAUCCCACAGAAAUAAAACUGAACCUUAAUUGGCUUUGCGAAUUCUAAUAAGCAGAAUACUGCUAUUAUGUAACAGUUAUUAAAACAUCAAAGGUUGACCCUUUCACGAUUUAUAAAAGUAGAACGACAAUAAUUUAUGGAAUUUUCGGCAAGAUCAAACAAGUCACGUUAUACUAUCAUGCUAUAUUUUGGGGUGCGUUGUGGAAAUGUCCCAGUUAAGAAUAAUGCCAAUCGUUUCUUGUUUCAUAAGGCUAACUGUUUGGGGGAUCUAAUUUCUACCCUUUCCUCUCUACAGCCAGUUUGGUUUUAACAGCCAGAGCUCCUAAUCUUGCGGUGCAUGAAUCUAGCCACGGUCUGGCAUCCUUCAGUGGAUACUUACCUCCUCAUGUUGAUCCACAGCAUCACUCCUCCCCUGAUAUCCACACCCAUCAUUGCAGCACCUCGUCCACCAUCUUUACCCCUGGAGGAUCCCGGGGGAGGGAUCCGUACCUUCCUAGUGAUUCUGGCCUGUCUGCAGUUACACAAGACGAGACCGAGUUGGAAUUUUUGUCUGUUGAUGAGGUAAUGAAGGCGGCCCCAUAAAGCCUUAGGAUUUGUGUUAUAAAACAUUUAUUUGUAGCCUCCGUAGCAAGCGUUUCCGCGCGAGUUUGUCGAAAAAGUUGGGACGAGAGCAGUUUUAACGCAAUAACUCGAUUAGAAACGCAUGCAACGCAGACCAAUUCAUUUGUGAAUCAGUCAUUUUCUUGGUACAAACUUUCCUGAAGGAAAAAUAUCGAGCUUCGUGGGGCUGGUAGAUUGUUAGAUCUCAAUGUUGUUCCCUCACACUUGUUUUUAUGACAUAAUUGCCAUAAUUCAAAAACAAACGUUUGGGAAACUUGUUAUUUCUCGAAUAAUCCACUUAGCUUAAUAUGAAUGAUCUUUAUAAAAAGUCAAAUGAUUUCACUAGUCAGUAGAACUGAGACGUUACCUUUGUGGCCUCGUUUUGAGAAUUAUCUGAACACUUUCCUUUUGUUUGGGCAUCUUAGCAACUCAUCACCCCUUGUUCUCCUUUCUCACCUGUUCAGAUUCUGGCAGAGGUGCAGUGGGACACUCGCCCCAGUUCUCAGGACGCGGCGUUACACGACCUCAGUGGAGCCGUUGGACCAGUUCCAGUUCCUCUCGAUCCUGCUGGUAAGGUUUUUACUUACCUGUUCUCAUCCGUAGUACAACUAAAAUAAAAUAAUUUCAUGGGCUUGUAACGCAGUGACUGAAUUAAUCAGCGACGCGACACUAACACAAAAAUUCCGUGUAGUGCUUUUGUUUUUCAUUUGAUGAUCAGGUUCCACUUUUUCAAUAGUUGGAUCGACACUUUCCAACCGAGGCACCCACUAUCCAGUGGCUAAGUAUAAGGGAAUCCAAUAGCGUUAUCCAUUGGCUGGUUAUUUGAUCUGAUUUAUCCAUGUUAAAAUAUUGGGCGCUGAUAGGUCUGCCUUCUAUAAUAUCCCAAGUGGGCUUUUUUUCAUGUGGAAUUCAGUGGGCGUUGCUUUGAUUUCCAGUUCAGGCUUCCCCGUCACCAUCUUUUCUGUAUAUUUUUUUCUCAAUUCUACAAACUUUAACGUGGCAAAAACAAAUAAAUCAAAUCAAACUGAAUAACGUCAAGAGAUCAGGAGAAAUGUACUUAAAGACCAUGCGCCGGUUAUGAAAACAAAUUUUAGACGGCGUUUAACGAAACCACCUUCUCAGUCGUUUUUUCUUCUUUUAAUUGCAAUGUGCCCUCCUCCCACCUGAUAUCUAAACAUUGUUUGGUGUCAAUAGGAUAAGAAAACUACGUAUCUAUUUAAAAUAAGCCACUUAAAAAUAUUGGGGUUCACCGUCUCUUAAAUCGCGCUGUAAGUUAACCUGUUUUAAUAACAAUCUCUUUUUACCAUCAUAUUACUUGUAAGAAUCUUAAUUCUCUCCUUUUUUCACUACAGCUGAUCCGAUGUUGACAGGAGCGUCUAUUACUACAGCACAUGGAUCGGUUCAUGGUCAGGCACCUGUUGAACCCUUCAGUGAAAACCACGGUCACAUUCAGUAUCCACAGCAUUACUCCUCCCCUGUUAUCCAAACCCAUCAUCACAGUACCCCGUCCACCAUGUUUACCCCUGGAAGAUCCUUGGGUAGCGAGCGAUUCUUAUCUCGUCGGCAAUCCUGGCCUGUCUACAUUUAAACAGUCCGAGCCCAAUUUGGGAAGUUUGCCCUUUGAUGAGGUAAAGAGGCCGGAUUCACAAAAUUGUUAUUAAACGUUGGUUAAGAUUCAUAUUCAAUAAAAGAGACUUCAUGGAUUAAAUGCGCUAAUAGAAGAGUUAUUCAGCGUCCAUGGGCAGCGAAAGUGUGAGAACUCCACGUGGUACCCUAAUACAAUCGUAGUAAUAAAGGUUUAAGGACUUAUUUUACUUGUCAUUAGUCAAGAGCAGGUUAUGUGAGAUUAUCAAUAGACAAACAGGAUUAUAAUAAUAAAUGACACUAGGAAGUGGGUCCAGAGAGGGGGGAUUGAUCGGUAUGUUUUACUUUAGUAAAAGAAUCCCAUACAGUCCAGUACAGUCUCUCUUAACCCUUUAAGCCCCAGUAUCCACAUACAAAUUCUCCAUACUUAUCUUCACACAUUUCCUUAAAGAAUCAGUUGAGAGAAUUUGAUAAAAGAUCAAAGCAUUUUAACCAGGGUGAUCAUUUUAAUAAUUGUCAUAACCUUUUCUCUUGAUUAUGUACUGAUAUUGUUAAGAGAAAAUUGAUGUUGAUCACUCUUGGGACAGCACAGGAAGACCAACACUUCUCUAUCGUUGAUCCCCCUUUUGCCUUUUUUUAGUCGUAACUAAACUCUUGCUAAUACAGACAGUUAGAGCCAAUCCCGAUGGUGGUUGUUGUCUUAGGGAGGGUUGACUGUAGACAGAAAUGUUGUUGCGAUCAGUAAAGUAUAUCAAACAAGUCAGCUGGCUAUUCCCCAAAUCAUUCACUCUGCUGAGUGUUCUUUACACUGCCGUGAAGUCAAAUGAUAAAUUGCUAGUAGAUCACAGGUCUAAUUUGUUUCUUGUACUGAUAUUCUUUUGUCCUCUUUUCAUAAGUUAGUAAACACUUUCUUUUGACGCGAUUAUAUUCUCAGCUCUUCCUCACUGACUUGUUCUUCUCCUUCAGUUGUACAGAUUCUGGAUGAGUUGAAGUGGGACACUCGCCCCAGUACUCAGGACGUGCUGUUGCAGGAUCCUGGAGCCGUUGGAUCAGUUCCAGGCCCUCUCGAUCCUGCUGGCAAGGUUUUCAGUUACCUUUUUUUACCCGUAGUACAACUAAAACAACAUAAUUUGAUUGGUUUGUAACACUGCGACUUAAGCAGCAAUGCGAGAAUACAGGAAACUUCACAUAAUACCUCUUUCAUUUGAUGGUCUAAUCGUGACUAAUAUAAAAAAACAGAAACAAACAGAUGCCGCUUUUUCAAUAAAAAGAUAAGCGCUAUCCAUCAGAUAAAUCAGUACUCAGUGGGUAGGGAUUAGGAAGCGGUUAUUUGUAAUGGUUUUUUAUUUAUGCGCUGGUUAGUUCUAUUUUUCCUGUUGAACAACUGGGCCUGUAGACCCCUUGUAAGGCACCUUUCUCUUUCAGUUUAUCUUUUAUAAUUUCCACAGUGGACAUUGCUUUAAUCUCUUUUAAAGUUUGUACAGUAACUUCCAAAAGUCAUCAAAGGCGAAGUUAACUUGAAUGCCACAAGUCUAAAAUCAGAUAGCUUUCCCUGUCACAUCAUGUUACUCUUGAGGGAUCUUAAUUAAUUUGUACUUUUAUUUCUCUUCAUCCGGUCCUGUGUUAGUGGGUGCUCCAGUUAGUACGGCACACGAUUUCAACUACAGCCUGACACCCUCCUUUGCAGACACCUCUCUUCAUGGGAUACCGGAACCUUCACUGUAUCGAUUGCAGACCCAGAGUACAAUUGCAGGUGACCACUGUUUCAGUGGAUCAACCAGUUCUAUAGUUCCUUUCCUACCAGGAACACCGUGAUUUCUUCCCCCACAUGGAAUGAUGGGACUGCCUAUGAAUGGAUUGCAAACGCAGAGUACAAUUUCAGGCGUCGCGCAAUCCAGUGGUUCUGGCAUAACCACAGUAACCUACCUGCUACGAAUCCCGGGAUAUGUUUCCCCGCAUGGAAUGCAAAGUUCUCCACUAACCAGCAUGCAGAGUAGAAGUCAAGUUAUCAGUGAACACACACAAAAUACGGACAGUCUUUGCAACGAAUCUGGCACAAGUUCAUAAUCGGCAGUAUUGUGAUAUAUAUAAAUUUCUGAUGGCAAUUGUGUAAAUUUUCCAAUUUAUACAGCAUUGCAAUAGAUUUGCAGUGUAGGUUGCGUAUUUUUUAUGUAAAUAAUAUUUAAAUUUUUUUAACACGAAAAAUUGUGUAAUUCUGCUGUGCGAUGUGGCAGCAAACACGUUCAAUCCUUUGCUUGGAUGAAUCAACAAUACUACAAUGUACAUAAAUUCAUGACA